CAAUGGUCCAGUGACUCGCACGGGCGACUCUUCAACCUGAAAAAAGACUCGAUUCGAUACAAUGUUACACCUGAGAUUUGUCUUUAUGGCCGCUUUGCCUCUGGUGCUGAUGCUUCUGCUUCAGGUUAGCCAACCCGCAGAUGGCUUUAUUAUCCGUCUGAUAACCGAAACACUGCAGAACAAUGUGGCUGGUGAGCCGAUCCUUCACGAAAGGACUUCAUGGGACUUUGAUCCGGAAGCGGCCAAGAAGGCGAGGUCGUUGUACUACGAGAAAAAUGGAUUCCGUUCGGCCAAGUUCAUCGAGCGACUGGGCGUGGGUCUGGAUGGGCGGCACGAGGAUCGGCGGGCGGAUCAAGGACACCGGGAUGUGGGCCGCCUGAAUGGGGAACACAAUGUGAACUAUCCGCCUUCGUCGGCUUAGCCAUAAAUAAUUAUGAUUUAAA